AACGUUUCUGGAUGCGACCCCUUCGGGAACCCGUGGGUUUUCUUCGUACUCGCUCGCCCUGAUUAGGAAAAUCGCCUUCCGUUCGAUUUAUCCUUUUUAGUGUGUAUAAAAUUCAUUUGUCUGGGAAAUGGAUCUCGAAAUGCAACUGAGGGCCGCGGAGGCGCGCAGGGCCGACCUCGAGAGGCAACAUCAGGAAGCCCUCACGGUAUUGGCCGGCUGUGGCCCCGAUACACUAGAAGCCCGACAAUCCAGAGUAAGGGAAUUGGAAAAGAAGAUCGCUCUGGAGAACGUCCGAUGUGAGGAGCUACAGCUAGAACUCGCCUCGAGCACUCGCACCAGUAGAGGUCCGACGAGUGCCGCAGGCGCCCUCUCCGGCCUCGGUUCGAACUACGGCGCCCCCACCGGAGGCCACCAUCAAUCGUCCUGGUCGCAAACCACUAAAGGUACUGAGAUUGAAAAAAUUAUGGCAAAAAUAGAGCAGGAUAACAGAAUUUUAGCUGAAUUAGACCAUAGUCGCAGUACUACUCUAGGUCAGGGGCUAGCGACAAGCGUGAGCUCUCAUGCUUUAGGGGAGUGUAGCCCGCCGAUUUCGCCGAUUACCAUGUCCCAUACGACACCCAGUAUUUAUCCAAACACAUCGCUAGGAAGUCAGCAUCAUGGCUACAAUCCAGCAGCAGGUACCCUUGGUAAUAGUGGGCCUUCUUACGUGUCAAACCCAGCCAGCGUCGGAGGGUAUAAUUCGACAGCUUACAAUAGUUUGGGACAGCAUUAUGGUACUAAUAAAGCUUUGAUGGGUACCACGGGGUUGAAUAGUCUUGGACAUCAUCAAAUUGGAAUGGGUACUGCUGGGAUGGGCCAACAGUCGGUGCUAGGAACUUUAUCGAUGCAACCAAUGUCAAACCUAGGAACAAACGUGAUAGGAACCUCCCUCCCUUCCACCGGACUAGGAACUUCCAUAGUACCACAGAGCAAUUAUGCGACCAGCUCCAUGGCAAACGCCACAUUCUCCAACGCUCUCGUCUCCACAAACUCCAACAGAAUUUUAGGACAAGUAUCCUCCUACAAUAACCCGAGCUAUAACAAUCCAAUAACUAGCACAUUGAACCAGUACUCGGCCCUUAACCAGUUCUCCAAUCCGUUACCGAUAGUCACCACCAGUUACACCAACGCAGUAACCUUCUCCAACCCGCUCAGUUCACACUUUAACAGUUUGGGGGCGACACCGAUGAGCAUUAAACUGAAAGCGAUGGACGAAGUUGAUCUGGGACAACGCAGGGUUGCCACCCCGGUUACCCCACACCCCCCUCCCUGGACUGGCACCACUGGCAUUACUGACCUGCGUGCUCGCAUGCUUCUUACAGAUGGCCUGGAUUCGGACUGGAGCGGUGGUGGUGGUGGUGUUGGUGGUGGAUUGCAAACUGGCGAUCGGACGUCGUUUCUUAAUGGUCAACAGAUGCAGGGUGAUGGACAGGUGGAUAUGCUGGAUAUACCUGGAAAAGGACGGUGUUCUGUUUAUAUUGCUAGGUUUUCAUACGAACCCGAACCGGAAUCCGAAGAAGAACUGAGCAUAGUAGCAGGAGACUAUCUCCUUGUAUGGGGCGAACCCAUGGGACCAGGUGGAUACCUGGAUGCCGAACUCCUGGACGGCAGAAGGGGAUUAGUUCCAGCCCAUUUCGUACAACGUCUAAUAGGGGAUGAUCUCUUAGAAUUCCACCAGGCGGUGUUGUCAACUUUGCGCGAAGAAGAGAUAAACCAGGAAAAUUUCGCGGCCGACGUUGCCAGACUUAACGAGCUAGCGGAAAUCUCCGAACAGCAAGAGGACGACACGACAGGACCCGAAGGUGAGACAGCUGAUCUGCUGUUUUCCGUACUAGUGCCAGCACCACGUCAGCUGACCCUCGAGAGGCAGCUUAACAAGAGCGUGCUGAUCAGCUGGACCGCUCCGGAGAACGUCGGACCCAAUCAGAUCGAAAGUUACCACGUGUACGUGGAUGGAGUCUUGAAGACUACCAUUAAGGCUACUGAGAGAACCAGGGCGUUGGUCGAGGGAGUGGAUAGUAAUAGGCCCCAUCGGAUCAGCGUACGUUCGGUGACAGCCAAUCGUCGUACAUCACGUGACGCGGCUUGCACGAUGAUCAUUGGCCGUGACACCCACCAAUUGGGUCCAAGCGCAGUGCGUGCCUCAAACAUAACCUCAACCUCGGCGGUCAUCAGUUGGUUACCCGCCAAUUCUAAUCAUCAACACGUUGUGUGCGUUAACAAUGUGGAAGUUAGGACUGUGAAGCCGGGAGUUUACAGGCACACCAUAACUGGUUUGGCUCCUAAUACCCAAUAUAGAGUGACAGUGAGAGCGAAACAUCAUCGGUCUGCGCAGAACGUGGCAAAUUUGGCGGAGGAGUUGCCUAUGCCGGCCGCUGCGCAUACGGAUUUUAGGACACUCCCCAAAGGACUUCCCGACCCCCCUAGUGAUAUAUUAGUGGAGCCAGGGCCCCAAGAUGGUACUCUGCUAGUAACCUGGCAUCCGAUCACCAAUCCGCAUCAUCCAGGUUCUAACGUUACUGGUUACGCGGUAUACGCUGAUGGUAAAAAAGUUACUGACGUUGAUAGUCCAACAGGUGAUCACGCCCUCAUAGACAUCUCCAAGCUGCUAGGUUUAAACCCGCGCCACGUGACAGUGAGGACGAAGGCGAGAGACAGCCAAUCGGCGGACAGCGUGCCCACUCCCAUUCCAAAUAGUGUUUUGAGAGGAGGACCGAUGAGGAGGCAACAGCCUCACAGUGCGGUGAUGCCGGCUCAUCUUCGGCAGCAGAUGCCGAGGAAUCAGCAGCAACAACAGGGCCAACAGAUUAUCGAACCUGAUGAAAACUUAAGCGAUAAAGAGAUAUUUCCGAAUUCGCAAACGCAUAGGCAGCAAAGUGGUAUUCCGUCUAUAGCUCCCCGAUCGCUUACAGAAAUAACAAAAGAAAAUUAUGGAGAAGGGAAUUUUUCCGAGGACGAAAUGGACCCGAGGAACAGGAGGUGCAACAGGAAUCAACAGAGACAAGGACAAAAUAGUAAUCAGCCGCAGCAGAACGUGCAGGUGGGACAGGGACAGCAGUACUAUACAGGCGGGCAGGGACAGCAAGUGGUGCAAAACCAACAGCGGCAAAUGGUCCGCAACCAGCAGCAGCAACAACAGCAACAACAACAGCAACAGCAGCAACCGGGCAUGCGCCCUCUGCCCAAUAACCCCCAAAAGAAAACCACCAUGAUGAUGCGUGGAGACCAAAACUCAAUACCGAAAUAUUUCGUGGCCCUUUUUGAUUAUGAUCCGGCCACGAUGUCGCCUAAUCCAGACGCUUGUGACGAAGAACUGCCCUUUUCUGAGGGCGACACCAUUAAGGUAUGGGGUGAGAAGGACGCCGAUGGGUUUUAUUGGGGUGAAUGUCGAGGUAGAAGAGGGUUUGUGCCGCAUAACAUGGUGAUGGAGUUGGACAACCAUAGCAACCAAGCCAUCCAACAGCACAACAACCAAAACCAAGGGAUGUCAGUGCGGAGGAUGGUUGCUCUGUACGAUUAUGACCCCCAGGAGCUCAGCCCCAACGUGGAUGCGGAACAGGUAGAAUUGAGUUUUACCACCGGCCAAAUCAUCACCGUCUUCGGCGAAAUGGACGAGGACGGUUUCUAUAAUGCGGAAAUCGAGGGGGUGAGGGGGUUGGUGCCUUCAAACUUUUUGGCGGAGGCGCCGGAUCAGUACGGCCCUGGCGGAGCGAUACCUGGACAAGGACAACCUGGUAGAGAUUUUACAGGGCGGGGUUCCCAAGGACAGUCCAGAGGUGCAGGUCCGGGGGCACGUGGCCCCCCUCCACCUCCCAGGGACCAAGGACAAAUGCGCGGUGGACCCACUGCGGUGCCACAAAAUAGAGGCAAAGAUGCCUGCCACCUGUUGUAUAGCUCCUCCUCUCAGUUAGACUCAUCCUUCAACAACACUCAAGCCUCGAUGUCGAACACCAACAACACUACUUCUACUACCGAGCACCAACAGGGGAGACUGCGCGGGAUGUUGAGACCCGGGGGGCCUGGUAACCAACAACAACAACAACAUCAGAACCAAACCAACAUGAUCAACCAACAGCAACAGCAACAAUCCACCACCACCAGCACCAUGGGCAACUUAUUUUCCAGCUUAACGGGUUCGAACCAGCAAACCCAACAAUCGGUUAACCAACAAUCUUACGGACAAACCAACCAGUCCCGGAUACAGCACAAAGGAAUCCCGCAGGUCAUACCGACCGUUGGUAGUGUUGGUAUCGGUAUGCAACAGAACCAACAGCAACCAGGUGGUCAGCAGGGUCAACCGGGUGGUCCUAAUCUGAUGCAGAAAUUGAACGAAAUUACUGCACCCGGUGGUGAUAUUUUAUCGAAAGGGAAGGAACUUAUUUUUAUGAAAUUCGGACUGGGCGGGAAAUAACCCGAACCGCGGAUCGGACGAUAGGGUUUCUUGGUUUUCAGGUUCGUUUUUGACAAUUAUUGACUCGUUUUAAUAUAAUGUUGGUGGUUAUGAAGAGGCUUUUUCGCAGGUCGCAUCUGUAAAGAAGAAUUGUUAUAAAACAAAAAAGUUAUUAUAUAAAAUAUAAACAUAAUCGAAAAGUGUAUUAUAAUAUAUAAUAUAAUUAUAUAAA